AUGUCGUCCGCCGGCACGCACGAUGUCCAGAUCCUCCGCACGUACAGCUGCAAGUACAAGGGCUACAAGUCGUUUGCACCAAAGGGCGAGACGUCCAUCUUUGCGGGCCGCAUCAAGGCCAUCCGGAACGCGAAGAACUACAUUUACAUUGAGGACCAGUACUUUAUCCACGUGCCCGAGCUCCUUGACGAGCUCCUCAAGAUCCUUCCGCGCAUCCAGCGCCUCAUUGUCUUUACGGUCACGCCCCAAGGCCAGGAAGCCGCUGUCGGCUACCAAAAGUACCAAUACGACAUGAUGGCCCCGCUCCUUGAGAAGUUCCCGAAGAAGGUCCAGAUCUAUAUUCCCGACCCGCGCCGCAACAUUUACGUCCACUCCAAGGUCCUCCUCGUCGAUGACGUCUUUGUCUCGCUCGGCUCGAGCAACUGGAACGUCCGCAGCAUGACGUCGGACGGCGAAAUUGGCGCCAACGUCGUCGACACGACGCUCGUUCAAGAUGGCGCGAUCACGGUCGCCAAGCUCGCGCGGGAUUUCCGCAUCAGCAAGUUUAGCGAGCUCACGGGCUUCUCGGUCGACUUGUCGAAGAAGUCGUUUUUGGCCGCCGCUGACGCCUUGGACGCGUACGCCAAGUCGCCCAAUGGCUGGAUCAAGCACUACAACUUGUACGAGAAGCCGUUUUGGGUCAUCUUCCGCGACGUCAUGAAGCACCUCGUGGACGGCGACGGUCGCUGCUCCAAGCUCGAAGACGGCGAGAUCGACGAGUGCCAGAACCUCGAGUGGCUGGCGACGCAGCCGCGCAUUGUCCAGGUCACGUGCGAGUGCCAGCGCAGCAACUUUUCCGUCUUCAACUGCCCGGCUAUGACGGCGUACAUGCAAAUGGAGCAGGAAGCGAUCGAGUCGACGACAAUUGAUGCGUAA